GGAAGAGUGAGUGAACACAAAGCUGAAAGUACAAGCAGGACGGAAAGUGAAACUGGGCGCAGCCCCCAGUAUAAGACCCCCCCUACUCAGGAGAUGGCUGACCAAAGAGGCUGGGCCCCGGCAUGGGCCAGAUGGCAGGCGACCUUGGCUGGCGGCUCAGCCUGUUGCUGCUUCCCUUGCUCCUGGUGCAAGCUGGUGUCUGGGGAUUCCCAAGGCCCCCAGGAAGGCCCCUGCUGAGCCUGCAGGAGCUGCAGAGGGAGUUCACCGUCAGCCUGCAUCUCGCCAGGAAGCUGCUCUCCGAGGUUCGGGGCCAGGCCCACCGCUUUGCUGAAUCUCACCUGCCGGGAGUGAACCUGGACCUCCUGCCCGUGGGAGAGCAGCUUCCCGGUGUUUCCCUGACCUUCCAGGCUUGGCGCCGCCUCUCUGACCCAGAGCGCCUCUGCUUCCUCUCUACCACACUUCAGCCCUUCCAUGCCCUGCUGGGAGGGCUGGGGACCCAGGGCCGCUGGACCAACACAGAGAGGAUGCAGCUGUGGGCCAUGAGGCUGGACCUCCGGGAUCUGCAGCGGCACUUCCGCUUCCAGAUGCGGGCUGCAGGAUUUCACCUCCUGGAAGAGGAGGAGGAAGAGGAGGAGGAAGGGAAGGGGCUGCUGCCAGGGGCACUGGGCAGUGCCUCGCAGGUGCCGGUACAGGUGUCCUGGCCCCAGCUCCUCUCCACCUACCGCCUGCUGCACUCCUUGGAGCUCGUCUUAUGUCGGGCCGUGCGGGACUUGCUGUUGCUGUCCAAGGCUGGGCACCCAGUCCGAGCCCUGGGGUUCCCAACACUGGGCCCCCAGCCCUGAUCGGGUGACUUCUUAGCCCCCUGCCCCUCACCCUUUAGGACUUUAGGAUUGGAGUCUUGGCGUCAGGGCAGCCUCCACAUCAUCAGCCUUGGACAACGCAAGGCUGUUCCAGCCUGCUGCCCCAGGCGCUACCCGCUAACCAAAAGCCCCUCCAGUCCUCGCCAGCUAUUUAUUUCCUGGAUACUUAUUUAUUGUUUAGGAAGAUGAUGGUUUAUUUAUUGUCUCAGGGCCUGCUGGUCCUCCAGGGAUGCUGGGUGCCUAAUAAAACACUCUCACCCA